AUGUUGGGAGGUGGUUCAUCAGAAGAUCCCGACGACAAGAAGAACGAUAAUGAAUCUAAUCACAAGCUUACUGAAGAAAACAGAGACGUCGACUCGGCGAUGAUUCCGAUAUCAGAGACCACAAAGCCGAGAGAAAGAAACUCUGGGAUUACAAUACGAGAGCCCACAGGGUCACAAUCAGUUCUUGCUAGUCCUUUGAAAAACCUGAAAAUACUCAGAGAAUCGAUCGUUGGGUCAUCAUCAUCAUCGGUUGUUUCAGUUGCAUUACCAAUAGAGAUCUCUAGUCAAUCUUUCAAUGGCGGAACCAUUACUACUACAACAACUUCUUUUUCUUCUUCGAGUAUUCCAGUUGCAGUCCCGCAAGAUCGUCGAGUUGAAACAGAGGCCAUUACAACAUCGUCGAGUUUGUCUGUGAUUCCUUCUUCUUCGAGCCUUCAAGAUUCCGUCUUUGGUUCAUCAUCAUCAGGUUCAAACAACACAAGACCAUCGAGUAGUCUCCCAUACUCUGUUCCUUUGGGGUCAUCAACACCAUCUUUCUUCAAUGGUACAAUAAGAUCCAAGAUCAUGAGUUUAGUCCAAAGUUAUGGAGGUCGACCACAAGAUUACCUCACGACUGCUAUGACACGACCUCAUGGUUUGACACAAUUUCAUCCAAAUUUGCCAAUCGCUGAUGGUAUCCCAAUUGCUAUCCGAAGAUAUAGUCAACCUCGAUUGGAUUCCAUUACAAGAUCAUUGAGUUUGUCUCUCAAUCCGGCGAACCUGUCCAUCUAUCGGUCACAACAACAGCCACAGCGUCCACUGUUUCUGCCUCUCGAUCCAAAUAUGAGGAACCUAAUUGCAACUGCAGUCCUAGGAAACAGUCAAGCUCCAGCGGAAGACAUAUCAAGGAUCUUCCGGAUUGUUUCUGACAUUCCGUCUUCUUCGAACCUUCACGGUCCCAACUUUCAGCCAUCGAUUCAAGGAAACAUGACAAGACCAUUGAGUGUCAAUCCUCACAUUCCACAUUCUGUUUCCAGGCCAAUACGAGCGACUACACUUUCAGAUCUUGUGGGGUCAUCACGUAGUGUUCAAGCUCAAUCCACUAACCAACAACAACAUCACCCUUCUUCGUCUUCUUUAAUGGGUCUACCACAACAUCACCUAAGACCCUAUGAUUUGAGUCAGCAGCCUCCAUUAAUGUUGCAGGAUGUUGGAGGAGGUUUGGAUCUUAAUCUGCCGGCUAAUAAUGAAGAUGAUGAUGGAGAAGAAGAUGAAGGUUUGGAUCUUAACUUGCCGGCUCCUGAUGAAUGA